GAAAACUCGCGGCAAAACGAAAAACCGUUGGAAAAAUCCCGCGGAUUAUUUUAAUUUCCGUUAAUUUGGUGGUUGUUGUGAUACGAGCAUGUGAACCGGCUAUGAGGACCAAACUAGCUAUGUUGGAAUUUUUUACCACGAACAGUGCAGCCGAAAAUGAGGAAGAGGAAGAGGAAGAAGAAGACGACGAAAUGGGGGAGGGGGCGCGAUAUACCGGCACAAAGAGAAGCUCCGAGACGUGCAUCGAAAUACCUCGAAUAGAUACCACCUCAACAUGUCUUCUAGAUAAACCGAGAAUCGAUGCCAAAGUAAAAAGACACAGCAUUCAUGGAAUGAUGGAAGAAGAAAACGUUAUUCGUCCUCACCAGGAGAUCGCCCAACUCACCCUAGACGAAAAGAAAUUCCUGUUGGCUGUAGAACGGGGUGAUGUCGCAUCCACUAGAAGAAUGCUCCAGAGAGCCGAAGAAACAAACUACAUAAACAUAAACUGCGUGGACCCCUUGGGAAGAAGUGCUCUUUUGAUGGCCAUAGACAACGAAAACUUGGAAAUGGUCGAGUUGUUGAUAGAGCACAAGGUCGAAACGAAGGAUGCUUUGUUGCACGCCAUCUCCGAGGAAUUCGUUGAAGCCGUCGAAGUAUUGUUGGAGCACGAAGAGACCAUCCAUCGAAAGGGAGAUCCACACAGUUGGGAAGCUCUUCCUCCUGAUACAGCUACGUUUACUCCAGAUAUCACCCCACUUAUACUAUCCGCACACAGGGAUAAUUACGAAAUUAUCAAAAUCCUUCUUGAUAGGGGUGCUACACUGCCUAUGCCGCAUGACGUAAGAUGCGGUUGCGACGAGUGCGUCACUUCCAGACUGGAGGACUCUCUCAGACACUCGAGGAGCAGGAUCAACGCCUAUAGGGCGCUGGCGUCGCCUUCUCUCAUCGCCUUAUCCUCCAAGGAUCCCAUCCUGACUGCCUUCGAGCUUUCUUGGGAGUUACGCAGACUGAGCUUUAUGGAACACGAAUUUAAAAGUGAAUAUCAGGAGCUGAGGAAACAAUGCCAAGAUUUUGCUACUGCCCUUUUGGACCACACAAGGAGUUCCUACGAAUUGGAGGUUUUGUUGAAUCACGAUCCAACGGGACCGGCAUUCGAGCACGGCGAUAGAAUGCAUUUGAAUAGGUUGAAAUUGGCUAUAAAAUUGAGACAGAAAAAGUUCGUCGCUCAUUCAAACGUCCAGCAACUUUUGGCUUCGCUGUGGUACGAAGGAUUGCCGGGAUUCCGACGGAAAAAUAUGGUCCUGCAGGCGCUGGAGAUCGUCAGGAUUGGAAUUCUCUUUCCGUUUUUCUCUAUAGCCUACAUCGCUGCACCGCAUUCGGUUAUCGGUCAGACCAUGCGGAAGCCCUUCAUCAAGUUCAUAUGCCAUUCGGCCUCCUAUUUUCUCUUUUUGUUUUUGCUGAUUUUGGCGUCACAGCGGCAGUUCUUGCAAUCGUUUUUUGGAGUUGAGACCCCAGAAGAAGUAUUCACGCAGCGUGGUGCUAAGCCAUCCUUGGUAGAAUGGAUCAUACUCUCCUACGUUAGCGGUUUAAUUUGGAGCGAAAUCAAACAACUUUGGGAUGUAGGAUUAGAAGAAUACGUUAGAGAUAUGUGGAAUGUCAUCGAUUUCAUCACGAACUCCUUAUACGUAGCAACUGUAUCAUUAAGAGUUGUUUCAAUAUACCAGGUCCAGCUGAAUUCGGAUGCGCUGCUGAAAAUAGAGGAAAAACGGGAGGAUUGGGACGCUUGGGAUCCCAUGCUUAUCUCGGAAGGUCUGUUCUCGGCCGCUAAUAUAUUUAGUUCCCUCAAGCUGGUGUACAUAUUUUCGGUGAAUCCUCACCUGGGGCCAUUACAGGUAUCUCUAUCACGGAUGGUGAUGGAUAUCAUGAAAUUUUUCUUCUUGUACGUUUUAGUGCUUUUCGCAUUUUCAUGUGGACUGAAUCAAUUACUGUGGUACUACGCCGAUUCAGAAAAACAACGAUGUUGGCAGGAAACGGGCGACAAGUUGAACCACAAUCAAACAGAACCGGACUCUAACGCGUGCACUAUUUGGAGAAGAUUUUCCAAUCUUUUCGAAACGAGUCAAACCCUCUUUUGGGCAGUUUUCGGCCUAAUCGAUUUGGAAAGCUUCGAACUACACGAAAUUAAAAUAUUCACUAGAUUUUGGGGCAUGUUGAUGUUCGGGACUUAUUCAGUGAUCAAUAUCGUCGUUCUGCUAAAUCUGUUGAUUGCCAUGAUGAAUCAUUCCUAUCAGUUGAUCUCUGAACGAGCCGAUACAGAGUGGAAAUUCGCGCGCAGUAAAUUAUGGAUUAGCUACUUCGAAGAGGGUGGUACCGUACCGGUACCGUUUAAUAUCAUCCCCACUCCUAAAAGUCUUUGGUACGUCAUCUGUUGGGUGCAGAAAAAGUUUUGCGGGCAUUCCAGAGCUGCUAAGAAGGAGCACAUGAGAACGAUAAGGCGGAAAGUGAAACAAGCAAACGAACGAGACUUCAGAUAUCAGGGCAUUAUGCGAAAUUUGGUUAGAAGAUACGUGACGGUGGAACAAAGGAAGGCGGAGAAUCAAGGCGUCACCGAGGACGACGUCAACGAAAUCAAACAGGACAUUUCGGCCUUUCGUUUCGAACUUAUCGAGAUCCUGAAAAACUCCGGCAUGAAUACGUCGACAGCACACAGCGUUAUGGGUACUGGUGGUAAGAAAAAUAGGCAAAAAGAACGCCGCCUAAUGAAAGGCUUCAACAUAGCUCCUCAACCUUCGACGACGUCAUCACUACCGCCAGUCGCCGAAUUCAUAGCAUCUCUUCAACAGCAACAACACGGAAGCGUAGACUCAUCCCAUCAUCAUCACCACCACCACCACGAUUUCUUUGGAUCUACUUUAUCAGGAAUCUUCAGCAACCCUCCCAGGAAGCUGCAUAUGCACAGCAGUACUGUUUCAUCGUCCCAAGGUAGCAUCAAUGAAGGAAACAACCAUCAUCACAAGAGGUUAAAUCUAAAACGAAGUCACUCGCAUAAACGACGGUGGGGUACAUUGAUAGAGGCCGCCAAAACGGGAAAAGUUUCCAGAUUAAUCGGCAGAUCCCGAUCCGAGGAUUCCGUUUGCAACAGCUGUCGGGAGAACGGAACAAAUCAUUCCCAUAGUCAUAGUAACAGCCCGGCGUCUGAUGAUAACAGAUCCAUUAGUCUGUCAGAUUCAAACCCUAGUCUUGAUGUAGUCGAUCAUCCAGAAAAGGAAUUACAUGGAAUCGCGCAGGGAUUGGCUUUACUAAAGAAGAAAAGGAAAAAAUUUUCGGCUUCAAGAAAUACGAGUCCUCUAGUGCCUCCUGCCAACCCGACGGAUCACAAUCAUCGGAAGAUAGCUCCUCCUAAGAAGUUUCAACAAGUCCUUAAACGAGCAGCUAGUGUCCCGACCAGAGUCCCAGAGGAAGGCCGUUUAGUACCUAGGCACGAAAAAACGCAAUCGCAGCAAGACUCCAUGGAGAUUCCUGCUACGGUACCGUCCAAUUUAACGCCAUCUACUACUGAAGAGAGCGUAAACACCAUGGGGCCAACUAUAAGACCCAGCGGGACUUCCCGGGAACCACUGCUGUUUAAUUCUUCCUCUAGUAAUCCAACCGGUUCUUCCCAGACGCCAGACGAUGAGUACCGACCUCCGGCUGGGUGCCAGAAUCAGUCGCAUCCCAAGUUAACUGGGGUCAUACCGGUUAGCGGUCAUAACGGACCGACUACAGGGUGGUUGUAGUAAAUUAUCUGUUUAAUACACAAGGAAAUUAAUUUUAGGAAAGAAAGCUGGAUGAAAAUUGUAGCAACGCUUUAAAGUAAGAUCGAUGCAAAGGAGAGUAUGGAAAUGUUUAGCAGGAGUCCCGUAACGAGAGCAGCAAUAAACUUUUCAACAAGUACUAUUUUUUCCACGACCAUAAACACUUUAGUUCAAUUUAACUAAAGUAAGCUUCUAUUAAUGUUUUCUUUAAAAGAAAUACAUUUAUAUUGAUUUUUCCCAUAUACUUUUUCUAAAAAGUGUUUUAACUGCUGAAAAUUUCCUACACCGUUAUUUUUUAUUUCAAGCUUGCUAUAGUUUUCAUCAAGUUACCUAGUAAUUUUAAAACAAUGAAACGUUCCACUAAAACGAUAUACUCGAAUAGGAUCAUAAGUAUGAGUUUUAAUAUUAUUAAUAUUACAAAAGAAAUUUUUGUACACUAUUAGUUGUAUUUAUAAUAUAUUUUUUAUAUUGUAUAUUACUUUUGUAUGUUUUAAUUCAUUUUUCUUUAAUAAUGUUAAUAGGAAUGACCGUGUUAACAAAACACAAAACAAUACCCUUGUCUGUUUCAGUAUAAUUGUUGCUUUCCCCGGACAAGCUCAGCUUUUGGGGUUAAAAUUCACUAGUAAGGGGGUGAAUUAGGGAGAGUAUUAUUAUUAUUAUUAUUAUAUCGAUGAGUAAGAAUAAAGCCUGUGAUUGUCAAAAGAAUUUGACAGUUUUUUAUGUUUGGCAGCUAAUUGGCAUUUUAAAAAGGUUGUUGGAGCUUAACCUAACUUUUCUGAUAUUUUAUUAGUUCUUUUUACAGUUCAAUGAACGUUUUUUAAUAUUUGUCGGGCGUUUUUGAUGAAUGACAGACUUAUAUUACGUUUAUCAAUAAUUUUGACAAUAGACAGAAGUUUCACAUGCAUUGACAUGACAUUUGACAGAUGUUUUUUACUUUUGAAAAUGUUUCUGACUUUAUAUAUGUCAUUUUAAAAACUUUUUAAGAUUUAACCAUACAUUUUUGAUAGUUUCACAACAUACAUUUUAUGCUUUUGUAAAAGUUUUUAAUACUCGACUUCUGUUUUUGAUAUUUGAUAGACCUUACUAACGUUUCAACAUUAUUUUUUAUCCAAAUACAUAGAUUAAUAACUUGGCAUUUGUCAGAUAUGUCAACGAACGUUGUUGAAUCUUAAUUUUAAGAAUAUUAUCGUAGAUGACAGUUUUAACAUUGUUUUUGUUGACACGUUCAUUUACUAUAUUUUAUAUUUCGUAAAUGAAUAAUGUGCGAUGAUUAUUAAAUAUUGAUUUCUUGUCUCAAUGGUGUGCCUUUACGAACUUUACGGCUUAAAAUGAAAUAAAUUAUGUAAAAGUAAAUGUGUAAGUCCGCUAUAUGUACCCGAAAAGACCAUUAGAUUUUAGAAUUAAAUAAAAUAUUUACGAAUUAUUAGAAACAAAUAUUUUAAAUAGGAUCAACAAUAAAUAAAAAAAUGUUAAUAAAAAUCAAAAAGGAAAGUUUGUCGUAUUUCAGAAGUGACUUUUUAGGGAUUAAUGUUUAUAUCAUCUACAAGUAUCAAAAGUUCCUUAAAAUGCUUUAUUUAUAUCAUCAUUUACUGCGUCUGACUUUAGCUCCCAAAGAAAUUACUUUUUUGUAAAUAUCUCCUCACAGGAAGGUACAUAUCGAUCAAGACUACAAUAUAAAGUUAUUUCCACUUAUACAGGGUGUUCCAAAAAAUAAAUAGAACCGCUCAUAAUAGUACCUUUUGAAAACGAAUUAAGAAACAUUUAAAAUGUCUAUAUUUCUAAAUUCAUACUAAAUCUUUUAUAUAUACUCUUUUUUGAAAUUUUCCGUUACGGUCGAUUUUAGAAAAAUAAUUUCCGAUCGUGUAUAAUUUGAUAGAUUUCAGUUUUAUUAUUCUAUUACAAUAUUUUCUUUAAAAUGACUGUCAUAGCCAAAAAACUAUUUAUUAGUUAUAAAUAACAAGGUUCCUCCACCAUAAUUUUAAAUGAAAAAGCGCAUACACCAUAAUUUUAAAUAUCCCUGCGUUAUCAUCAAAUAUUUUUUGCGCUUCUGCCAAAAUUUUAAAUAUCAUUAUUUCGUCGAUUUUUGUUUCAAGUAUACUUGAAUAGUUAUAUUUUGUACAGAUGUCUUUAAGCUAAAAUGUUAAUAUUUAGAGGUAUGACACAGCUUGUGUGUAGUGAUGAUACAAAAACACACAUUUUUCCACAUAUCGUAUCACUAUUUUGUACAAUUUGGAUGUAGCUAUUUAUGUGUGGUUGAUUUUAAUUAUAUUUGUUGAAAUCCCUUUAGCUAACUUUAUUGCUGUUGCCUUCUUAAAUGGCUUACAUAGUUUUAAUAGUGUACCAUUUAAAAAACAUUAUUUUGAUACUCAAGCCUUUUUAAAACACCCUCUAUAAGUGACAAUCAUUUUAUUACUGUGCUGUGACCUGUAUCGACAUAAAUUCUGUACAUUCUGGAUGUAGCCAUUUAUAUGCAGUUGGUUUUUAACUACAUUUGUUUAAAUUCCUCUAGCUUUCUUUAUUUCUGUUGUCUUAAUAAAUGAAUUACCGAGUUUUAAUAUAGUAUGUACCAUAUGAGAUACCCUGCAUUAGUAAAAAUUAUUUUAUUACAAUGUUGUGGCCUCUAUCGAAAAUAUUUUCAAAAAAGAAAUUAAUUUGAGACCUACAGUUUGGCGUGCUAGUUUCAAUAUAAGUUUGAAAUGUUAUUUCUAGUCAAAUGCCGGCCCUGUAUAAAUAAAUAGAGAUUUACUUUAAAAAAUGUUAUUAUUUUAAUAAUUAAACAAUUAUUUUUAUUUUUUUCGUGUUUUUAUUUUUACUUUUAUAAGAAUUCUAUUAAGCUAACAACUCCAGGUAUAGCCAUGCAAUGAUAGAUAUUUAAAUAAAUUAUAAAUCAAAUAAGGUAACAUACCUGAAGAGGUUUCGUAGUUUUUGAUGUACAAAAUAACCAAUUGUCAACACAAUAAAUAGGAUAAAUUGUACUAUAGGAACCAUCUUAUAUCAAAAAUAUCCUCAUAUGAUAUAAUGAUAAAUGUAAAAACUUUCUGACAUUGGAAUUGGAUCAUAGCAUCAGUCCAAUCCACAAAGAAAGACUUCUUUCUUCGGAAUUGGAUAGAUGAGCUAUUAUGCUAGUACAAAGAAACAGAAUAUUACAUCUUACAAAAUAUUACGAGAGACUACUACUCUGGCUAUGUGUCACGACAUAUAUUGAAUUAAAUCCAGAAGAAAACAGCAACAAUAUGCUCCAUAAUAUAAAGUUGACUUUUGGAAUACGACAUAAAUGUUUGAAAGUGUGGUGCAAAGAUUACAGACUAUUUAUUUAAAUAAUUAAAAAAGUCUUACAAAAUCUUAUAAAGCGAUAAACAGCAUUUUGGAUCUAGAAUAAAGGAUUCCAUUUUAAAAAAUGAUUUAACGUUAUAAAUUUGUAUCUAAGCUUCCAGAAGCUGUUUAUAUUUUUUGGAAUUGUUUUAACUAUUAAAGAUACAUCGAAUUUUUUUUUAAAAAUAUGAAUUACUUAAUUUUAAUCAAACCAACCUAUUCUACAUGAAAGAAAAAAAUCUUGGUAUGUGAUUUUUGAAUCACACUUUAUAUUUUUAUUUAAAGCUCUAAAAAAACGUUUAAAUAUUGUAUCUGUAUAUUAUCUAAAAUAUCACUAGGGAGUAGAUAUCCAAUUUAUAAAUAUGAUAAAAUCAAAGACCAGUCUUUAAUAUAUUUGUUGUUAAACUUCUUAAUUUUUAGAUUAUUAUUGUAAAAUUAUAUAUCAAAAUUGUAGUAAAAAAUAAAACAAAAACACGCCUUUUUACUAUAUUAUAGAAUAUUAUAAUUAAUAAUGAUUAAUAUUAUUGAAAUAUUUAAAAUUUUUUGAAUAGUCGAAUAAAGCCAGAUGGGAUUUGACUCAACCCAAUAUACUGAGAAAUUUAUAACCCAAUAAAGGCUGACACAUUAAUCUUUUGUUCUACAAUUUUUGAUACUACAUCCAAUUAUUGUUAAAAAACUUUUAAUAUUGAGGUGGGUUUUCAAUGGCUAAUACCUGUGAUAACUAAGUACUUUAGAGAAUACAGGAAUUGGAACGAAAAAGUAGAAAUCGAAAACAGAAGAUAAUUUUCUUGUAUUUAAAUAAAGUGGGUUCCACGUGUAAACUUACUAUUAGUGGGGGCUUAGAUUUUUUUAGAUAUUGAAGUCAACAAGGGUAAAAACAUAAGUAGGUACUAUGUACCGCAAAUGUAAUUCAAAGAAGUAUUCGUUUAUUGAUACGGGUUUAAAAGAAUUUGAUAUUGGCUGAAACGAUUUUUUUGAAGUAAAACUCCAGUCACUCAAAAAUAUGGUUUAAAAGUUUGAGUCUUGGCCCAUCUGGAAAACGCUAGUUAUGCAUCUAAACUUUUCAAUAUAUUUAUUUUUAUUUCAUUUUGUCAAAUAAUCUAUGUAAGUUGUACGUAAUCAUAUCAAAAAAGUGCAUUUUUGAAGAAGCAAUGAAAUUAAGCUACCUUUUUUUUGAGACUAUAUAAUAAAAUAAUACUCUGCUUAAAUUAGGUGUCCUAAACUAAAAAAUAUUGUUUAAAAAGAGAAAGAUAUAUAUGUAUAUACUAUAUAUAUUUUGCUGAUUUAGCAUAGUAAAUCACCGAACAAGGAAUGGAACUAAUUUCCUACUAGCAUGAUACUGGUGUAAAUCAUACGAGUAGGAAAUAAGGUUUUCUUGUCAGUUAAACACUAUACUUUUACUAUGGCCAUUACAUGUUGCUACCCAUUUUAUAAUAGUUUUGUAGAUUCAUAUUUCGGUUGUUUAUCGAGCCAUCUUCAGUUAUUGAAAUUUCUGUUGCAUAACCUCAAAAUAUUUAAAAAAUUGGAUGCACGAAGAGAAAGAAUCAAGUCAGGUUCCUAAUAAUAAAUGUCAUUCGCACAAAAUUAAUUACCGGGGUAAUUAAAAAUUCAGCAAUUAGAUGGUUCUUAUGAAAAAUACAUUUUUUAAAUUGUAGUAAUAUAUUUUAAAAGUUUACAAAUAGUAUACAUUAUGUUAUGUUGUUUUCUUUUUUAAAUGUAACUAAUAAUAUGUUAAAAUUUCUAAUUUAACAUCUCAUUUUUACAUUUAUGUAAAACGAAAACAACAAUUUCCUUCGUUGAAAUAUAAAACCUAGUUUGGACACCUAAUUCAGUACCUUUUUGUUCCAUUAUUGAAAAUAUAAAAAAUAAACAACUUAGGCUUAAAUUAGUUAUAUAAAAAAUUGUAAGAAUACGACUUUAUCUGCAAAUAAUGUAGCAUUUUUUAAGAAAUGAUGAAUAGUUAAUAAGUAUAGGCGAACAAAAAGUUAUUUAAUAAAAAAACUAAAUACCUUUUAAAAAAUUACUGAUAGAAAACUAUUUAUUGAUCCAUCUGUAACUACUUACUGUUGUAAUCUAUUAAAUUUAAAAGACCACCAGAACUUAUCAGUUAAGGAUAAAAUUGUUAUUGGAUUUAACUAUACAUUUUUGGAAAUAAAAC